CAGCACCCUGCUUUCCUCCCGCAGGACUCGCAGUCCCUGGAUGCAGCGGUGCAAAGUGCCCUCCGCGCCCUCUAUCCGCCCUUCGAAGCCACGGCCCCGACAGUGCUGGGCCAGGUGUUCCGCCUGCUGGAGAGCAGCUACCAGGGUGAUGGGCUCUGCUGCCUGCUGGACUUCCUCAUCCCUGCCAAGCGCCUCUUCGAGCACGUGCGGCGGGCGGCCUGUGCUCCCUACUCCAACUGCAUCUUCCUGCACGAGGGCUGGCCCCUGUGUCUGCACGAGAAGGUGGUGGUGCACCUGGCACCUCUCAACCCACUGCUGCUGCGUGCCGGGGACUUCUACCUGCAGGCAGAGCCCUGCCAGGAGCACACAGCACGCAUCGCCCUCAAGCACCUCUCACCAGACCUGGACAGCGUGCAGGAGACGCCCAUCCCCGAGGCUGCCUACGCGCUGCUCUUCACCAACGAGUGGCUGGAGGAGAUUAAUUGCAACCAUGCUGGGUCCCCCCUGCACACCUGCCUGGUGGCCACUGAGAAUGGCAUCACCCCGCUGCCGUGGAGCAAGAUUGCCUCACCAGAGUUUGUCGACAAGCCCAAGGCUGGACCCAGUGGCACAACAGGAGGCCCCAGUCCGGAGCCAGCAGCACCAACUGAGCCAGUGGCAUCGAUCACACCCACAGCCCAUGGCACAGCAGGGAGCUCAGUGCCCUACAGCAACAUCGCUGGUGUCGUCCCGGGCUGCAGAGACAGCCGGAAGCCAAACCAGGGGAGGUACCCGGGGUUGAUCAAGGUGGAGCAGGCAGGGCUGAGGCAGAACCCGACCACUCUGGCCAUUCCCAGCCUGCAGGAUAUCAUCAGCCAAAACCUGGAGGGGGAGUACGUGGAGCUGCUGCAGCUCUCCCAGCAGGACCUGGGCCUCCUGGCCACGUCCCGCUCAGCGGCGGCACGGCCCUGGGUGGGCUCCUGGCCCUGCAGGGGAGUGCUGAGCUCCCAGGAGGGUCCCUGCACCCCGUGCCAGAGAAGGAGGCUGAGCGGGGAGCCUGGGCCGCACGGCCCGCGCUGCCGGCACCGCGACUCCUACCUGGCCGCCCUUCAGAACCCAGUGAGCUUCGGCCCCGUGCUGAUGGCAGCCAUCCUGGAAGAGCCCGACAGCUCUGCACCCCUAGCUGAGCCCCCUGAGCCAUGUGGGAGCAGGGCCAGCACCCCCUGCCCCCGCAGGGCUCGUGCCGGGGGGUCAGGAGGGCAGGCGGUGGGGCAGCGCAGCCCCCAUCUGCCCCCAGCCCCCACUCGCUCAGAGGCAGCGGGCUCCGGCCACAAGUUCUCCUUCCUGAAGGGCCCUCGGCUCGGGGACAGUGCGGGCAGCCAGCAUGAGGGUGGCUGGAGGAAGGUGUCUGCCAUUUACUCACCCAGGAUGGGCAGAGCCAAGCCGGCCGGGAAAGGUGCAGAUGUGGCAGCUGCAGCCCCUGCAGAGGAACGGUCCCUGCAGAGCACCAUCGGACAGAACGGCCCCUCCGUGCUCUGGCAGGAGCUGCACGCUGGGCUGCUGCACUCAGGCAUCGUCUGCCUGCCAGGCGGCACCGACAAGCUGGGCAGGGCUCUCCUGCAGGUGACCACCAGCAGCAGCGCCUGGGGGGCCAUGUGGUGCUCAGCUGCCGAGCUGGCAAAGCUGCUCCUCUGCCUCUGCUCCCUCCCAAGGAAGGAUGCGAAGGACAGCGGGCUGACAGCCGUGGUGGAUGCCAGGAAGCAGCCUCCCUCUCCCACCCUGUACUCUGCUCUCCGCUCCAUCCAGAACAUCUCACCGGGUUGCAUCCACACUGUGCUGCUGCUGGCUGAGAAGGAGCCAUCUGCUCCCCGUGAGAAGCUGCCUGGGCUGCAGGUGGAGACGCUGACAUCGCUGAAGGCUCUGGGCCGCUUUGUCGACAGCUCCCAGGUGACGGCGGAGCUGGAGGGCACCUUCCCCUACUGCCACGGCGAGUGGGUGCAAUUCUUCCAGAGGCUGCAGCCCUUCACCGCCAGUCUUGGACGGGCAUUGGAGCUGCUGCAGAGCUGCAUCCAGGAGCUUCAGAGCACUGACGGUGGGGCGGGGAUGCAGGAUGCGGCCGCACGCAUCGAGAGGCACCAGGAGCUGAUGCACAGGGUGCUGAGCGACCCGCAGCUGCUGUGCCUGCAGCGCGAGGGGGGGGCCGUGCUGGCCCGGCUGCGCAGGGAUGCUGCCCGGCUCCGAGCCUCACCACACGUCAGGGCUGGCAUUGAUGCGGCCGAGGCACGGUACGCGCAGCUGGAGGAGGAGCUGCACCUCCUGGUCUCGCUGUCCAACAGCCGCCUGGAGCGGCUCAGCGCCCUGCGGAAGGUGCGGGAGCUGGAGGCCGAGCUGGAUGAGCUCAGGCAAUGGCUGGAUGGAGAGGGGGCAGCGCGGCUGCGUGAGAUGGGAGCUGAGGAGUGCAACCCUGACAGCUGUGAGAAGUCCACAGAGUGCUGGAGUGAAUUCCUGCUGCAGGCAGCGGCCCGGCACCGGCACGGCCUGGCGCUGUGUCAGCAGGCAGACAAGCUGCAGGAUUCUGUGUCCCCCGAGGCUGAGCCCUUGCAGGCAGCCGUGGCCCUGCUCCGAACGAAGCUGAUGAGUUUCCAGCAGCGCAUGGAGCGGCGGCGGGCAGAGCUGGAGAUGCUACACGAGCUGCGUCAGUUCUCCAGCAAGAUCACUUGCCUGAACGCGGGCUGCAGGCAGUGCUCGGCGCAGGCGAAGCACGGCGGGGUCCCCGCAGGGCGGCCCGAGGCUCUGCAGCGCCUGGAGAGCUCCUUCCAGAGGCUUUCGGUGGAGUUCUCCACGGAGAAGCUGCAGGAGAUGCGGGCGCAGCUGCGCCGGAUGCAGAGCAGCAGCGGGACGGGAGCCUGGACGGCAGCGUGGCACAAGUACCAGGAGACGCGGCAGAGCCUGGAGGCGAUGCUGGCCGAGCUGUGGGAGGGGUCUGCAGGCGCCGCUCCGGGCCAUGGGGCCGUGCAGGCUUCGGGGCAGCCCUCAGCCAGCGGCUCUUGUGGCCGUGCCAGGGGCACGGAGCAGCACGAUGCCGCCCGCUCGCCCCCGAGCUCCCCACGGCCGCGCUGCAGCUCCCUCCCGACAUGCGGCAGCGGAACCCCACCGCGCACCAAGAAGAACCCAUCCCAGCUCUGCAGCCCGCCCUGCUGCGUGUCUCCAUCCCCACCUCGCGCCCCUCUCUGCAGUCAGCCCCCGGCACACGGCUCAGCACAUCCACGAGGCGACGCAGCGCAGUACUUCCAGGUCUCCAGCCAUAGCAGCUUCUCCUCUGAGGACUCAGACACACAGAACUCUGCUGAAGAAACCCCAGCGACAAUCUCGGCUGUGCCUCAGGACUUGGGGCCGCCCGGUAGCCCCCAAAAACCCUCCCCAAUUGUGUACCUGGAGAACCACCGUGCCACAGGGCUGGGCAGGGCAGACACCAAGUGAAGGUGACCCCCAGUCCCGGGAACGCAUGGGGACGUGCCCUGCUCAGGGGUAAAAUAUGGGCACUGCUGCCCGGUGCUCAGAGCCCAUUGGUUUUUCAGUCUUUCAGCAUUUAACACCCCAUGAAGUAGCCAUAACCCCACUUACUGGCCCUCACCGGGUUAAUUGUUAAUCUGCCAGGCGAGGCGAUCCUCCUGCAAAGUGCAUUUAUCAGCACCAGGGCUGGCAUGCCCAUGUCCCAGUGAUGAGCUGAGGGAUGCAGAGCCCCAUCCAUGCCCCUGCUACCAUGAUGCCAUCCCGGUGACAGUGACAAUGGGCGCUUUUUUUGGAUGCACUCAUUAACGUGCCACUAAUUACAUUAAUGCCAAUAAAGCUCCUGGAGCAGUGGUCGUGGAGCACAGUGGGGAAUUGUGUCCUGCUGGCUUC